AUGGGUGAAACUGAAGGAAAUGAAAUCGACACAAAAGAGAAACUCAAUACAUUGAAAAGUUGGCUUAACAAGAUAAUGAAAAUUGUAAUGACAGACGGAAGAGUAUUAGUCGGCACAUUUCUUUGUACAGAUCGGGACGCUAAUGUUAUCUUGGGUGCUUGCACUGAAUACGUCAAUUUUGAAGUCCGAGGUCCGUUCGAAGAGUCAAGAGUUCUAGGACUCGUGAUGGUGCCAGGAAGGCACAUCGUCUCAAUACACUUGGACGUUUCAAACGCAUCUGCUGAAAAAGAGCAUAUUAAGACAGCACAAGAAUCAUCUACAUCUACUCAAGAGGGAUUGUACACAUAA